AUGGCAUACAUACUAAAGAUUUCUGAAGAGAUGAUUUCACUAGGAACACCAGAGAGACCUGGGCUGCCUGUCACUCCACGAAAGGAAGCGGAACGUACCCUGAACACGUUUCACCAGUUAUUUAAUACCCCAUCAUCACCACCAAGGAAAGGUCGCGCUGACGACACACCGACGGAACCUAAAGCAGCAGCAAUGACGACUCCGGGAAAACCAAAACCAGGAAACAUUUCCGACUUGACGGAUAUCGUCCCGAAAGAACUGGUGGAGAAUACUCCAAAAAAUUCUAAAAAGAAAAUUAUUCCAACAUAUUUCUUACCGGUUGGAUCUAAUACAGUUGGCAAAAUAUAUUUUAUCUUCUCGUUCGUCCACAUUAUAUUUAAAAUAGUAUGCGUUUCUUUAUAUGCUGCUUGGAUAAAUGAUGAAAGCCUAGAACCUGCUAAUAUAUUGAAUUCUGUAUCUUCGUCUUGUUAUAAUACCGAGGUAAAAAGAUUGUUGAUGCAAAUAGGUUUUGACAAUGUAGCCCUUACUGGUUGCCGACUAUUUAAAAUAACUCGCGGAAUUAUUCUUAGUAUUGCAGGAGCUGUGGUCACCUACGAACUAGUUCUUAUUCAGUUUAAUUCAGCCACACAAGGAAACUAA